AUGUACAACGGCUUACAAUGUCUGCUAAUAGUAAUGGAACGGAUGACAGGUGGAGAGUUGUUUUCACGAAUUCAGGUAGAUUUGGUUUUCAAUGUAAUAGCAUUAGUAGGAACGUGCCAGAAGCGCUUUCACCGAGAGAGAAGCAUCUAAUAUUAUGUUUGCGGUGUGCUCGGCUAUCCAGCACUUACACAGUAUGGACAUAGUGCACAGAGAUGUGAAGCCAGAAAACUUGCUGUACAGUUCGCCCGACGAGGACGCCGUCUUAAAGCUUACGGAUUUUGGGUUUGCUCGAAAGUUCGAUGGGACAGUGGAGAAACCGUUGGACACGCCAUGCUACACUCCGUAAGGCUUCUUUUUCAAAUGGUAUUUAAUAUAUUGCAAAGGGUGAUUCUAGGUAACCUUCGACUAGAAUAUAUAAUUCAAUUUAAAGAUGAUAUUAUUAGGAUAUUAGGAAGCUUUUUGCAGGUACUACGUAGCGCCGGAAGUAUUAGGAACUAAGCCAUACGAUGAGGCUUGUGACGUCUGGGCAAUUGGCAUCAUCACUUAUAUUCUACUAUGCGGGUAUCCACCGUUCUUUUCCACACACGGUUUGCCAAUUUCUCCAGGAAUGAAAUCCAGAAUCCGCGCUGGGCAGUAUGACUUCCCCGCUCCGGAAUGGGACCGGGUUUCUGAAGCCGGUACGAACAGAUAAUCCUUUUAGGCAGUAAUUAGUAUCUUAAUCACCCUCCCACACGACGGAAUUCAUUUUUAUUUACGUAUUCUUUUUGAAAUUAUAUAUUUUUUGUUUUUUUAAAAGAAUUUAUUCUUUCCACAUUGCCCCACCGGAAUUAAUAUUUUUCCCGCUAACAAGCGUCGCCAUGCAUUAGUAAUAAUAAUAAAAGCUUUUCUUGCAGCCAAAGAUAUCAUCCGUGGCUGUCUGAAGACGGAUCCCGCUGACAGGAGCACGAUCGACCAAGUCAUGAAGCACAAAUGGAUCACCCACUACAACAAGAACCCCAAGACUGUGCUGGCUACACGCGAGGUGUUGCUGGAAGAGCGGCAGAACUGGCCGGAAGUGGCGGUGGGUUGUCCCAAUCCCAAGCUCAACGCCUCUACUUUGCAGGCGGAGAUGGACAAGGCGCUGGCGUCGAUGCGGAUCGAUGACGUCAGGGUGAAGCAAUUGAGUCAUGCCAAGAAUGGAUUGCUCGAGAAGCGAAAGACCCGUCCCUCGGCCAACUAA